UGCUAAUAUGCAUCUUUUUUCACAGUUAUGUGAAAAAAGCGGUGUUUCCAAGUAACAAUUGCAACCUGGUAUUUAGUCCCCAUGACAAAGAUCAGUGAGGUACUAUUAACAGGUUGCAAUGUUUCUCUUCCAACUCUGCAAUUGGUUUCAAAGUGUCCUACCACCAAAGUGGAAUUAGAAGAGGCUAUAAAAAGAAAAGAUUGCAAGAGCCUUGCAGAUAUUCAAAAUUGUGUUCCACCAGGAAAUUUCACGUAUCAUUGUGUGAUUAAUGACUUUGAAAAUGAAACUUAUGAAGUAUGUGCUCCUGCAAUCUAUUCCCAGGGACACUAUCUAAAAUUUGACAAGCAUGGAAGAAGAAUUGAAGAACUGAACAACAUCAACUGUGUACCAAAAGGCUGCCCAAAGAGAUUUGGAAGUGCAGACGUACUCUCAUAUGUGGGUUGUAGCAAGUUACAUGUAGUUAAACAUGAUGGAAAUAAAUGCACGGCCUAUUUGACAAGAGAUUGCAACUGGAGUGUUUUAUUAAUAAUUUUUGUGGUUACCUGUGGUGUACUGUUUCUUCUGCUAUCACUUGUGUUGGGCAUACUUGGUCGAAAAAUGAAACAAGUGAACAAUAGAGAAGAGAGAACAAUCCCGAAUGUCACUGGGCAUGAAUUAACUGAAAAUGCAAUAAAGAAAAUCACAGACGAUUACGACAAAAAUAACCUUAAUGAACUUCUGUAG